ACAUGGUUGUGGUCCGCGUGAAUGGUGCCUCGAGUUCCGCAGGAUGAGUAUAUAAGACCCCGGUGUUGCUCCACAAAUCGUACCACACUGCCUCCGAAGCCGACCAACAGCCCACCAGCAGCCCUACAGCUCAUCACAAAAAGACCUUCAAGAUGAACGCUUACCUAUUCGUUUCCAUGGCGUCUGCCAUUGUUGUCGCUACCAACGCGGCUGGUUACAAGCGUGCUGCCUAUGGUAUGGGAGGAGGCAUGGGCGGAGGAAUGGGCGGUAUGCCCGGUAUGGGAAUGGGCGGUAUGGGCGGUAUGAUGGGCGGAAAAGGAGGCAUGGGCGGAGGAAUGGGAGGAGGAAUGGGCGGUAUGAUGGGCGGAAAAGGAGGCAUGGGCGGAGGAAUGGGAGGCAUGGGCGGAAGAUACUAGCCGACUUAACCUGACCCACAACAAAGCUUGAUGUAUCUGGAUUAAAAACACAAUCAAACGGAGAAAUAAAAUA